AGCUUUCAACACCACACACUUCACACUUCUCUCUAUAUCUCUGUAUCUAUAUAAUAAUCUAUAUCUAUACAACCCCUACUUAGCUAAGUGUCAAGUUUGAUAGGCAAUUAAGAUGACAAAGGAUGUUGAAGUGGCGGAGCACCAUGGUGGCAAAGACUACCAAGACCCACCUCCGGCACCAUUGUUUGAUGCUGAUGAGUUGACCAAAUGGUCUUUCUAUAGAGCUCUUAUUGCUGAAUUUGUUGCCACCUUGUUGUUUCUUUAUGUUACAGUUUUGACAGUUAUUGGUUACAAGAGCACAACUGACCCAGCUUUGAACGCUGACCAGUGUGGUGGUGUUGGUAUCCUUGGUAUUGCUUGGGCUUUUGGUGGCAUGAUCUUUAUUCUUGUUUACUGCACCGCCGGUAUCUCAGGAGGACAUAUUAACCCGGCUGUGACAUUCGGUCUGUUCUUGGCAAGGAAGGUGUCUUUGAUUAGGGCAUUGGGAUAUAUGAUUGCACAAUGUUUGGGUGCCAUAUGUGGUGUUGGUUUGGUUAAAGCUUUCCAAAGUUCCUACUACAAUAGGUAUGGUGGUGGGGCCAACGAAUUGGCAGAUGGUUACAACAAAGGGACAGGACUAGGUGCUGAAAUCAUCGGCACCUUUGUUCUUGUCUACACCGUCUUCUCUGCUACCGAUCCUAAGAGAAGUGCACGAGACUCUCACGUUCCUGUAUUGGCUCCAUUGCCUAUUGGGUUUGCAGUCUUCAUGGUACACUUAGCAACCAUUCCUAUCACCGGUACUGGAAUCAACCCAGCCAGAAGCUUUGGUGCGGCCGUGAUUUAUAACAACGAUAAGGCCUGGGAUGAUCAAUGGAUAUUUUGGGUUGGUCCAUUUUUGGGCGCAGCUGCGGCAGCUUUCUACCAUCAGUUCGUAUUAAGGGCGGGGGCCAUUAAAGCACUUGGUUCUUUCAGAAGCAAUGCAUAAACCGAAAGACCAUGAAUUCAUCCAUGCACACAUGAAUAAAACUUGAGUACAAACGACAAAAGCUUCACCUUUCGAGUAUGGUGUUUGCGUCAAGGAGGAUUAUGGAAGUUAAAAUGGAUGGAUGAGUGUGGAAGUGUUCAAUUGUAGAUAAUAAUUUAUGUUCCCUUUGAGAAUUGUCAUUUUUUUUAUUGUGAAUCUUGAGUGUUUAAUGUAAGUGAUCUUUUAUUAUGUGUUCUUCAAUAAAAUUAGACGUCUUUAUUUAUGCCA